GAAGAAAAUCAUCUCCAGAAUCUUCAGAGCAUCGAGUGUGUUCAAGAGCGAGAGGAAAAUGAAGUCUGCUGCAGUUUUUCUUGUGUUUGCCUGUCUACUUAUUGUUCAUGUACAAGGACAGGCCAAGAUCAGCGUAUCGAGGUGUUUGUGUCAGGGUCCUGCAGCUAACGCAGUUCGUCUACAACAGAUUGCCAAGAUUGAAGUUUAUCCUGCUAAGGCAUCUUGUGAAAAUGUGGAAAUUGUUGUCACUCUGAAGAACGGUGCAGGAAAAAAAUGCUUGAAUCCAAAAUCUGAAUUUACUCAGAAAUACAUCAAGACAGCGUUAGAAAAAAGGAGUGCAGAGUAAAGCGUGCACCGUGUCAUUACUGAACAGAAGUGGAAGAAGAGAGCACAGAGACAGCUCGCUUUGUUACUUAAAAUAUUUUUUUGGACUAAAAACUGUCAUAUCUAAUGUUUAAUUUAUGAGUGUUAUAUAUGUAUAUGGCUUGAUGUAUAUUGUUUUUGAAGAAACAUGCAAGAUUUAAAAAAAUAUAUAUUGUUUUUGUAGACAAACAGACUAAAUUAUA